AGAAAACACAUCUGCAGCCGGCCAGCCGCAACAUUCCCAAACCCCACCUAGCGCAGCGCAGUCGAACCCUAGCACUCCACUUCCCCAGUUCCAUCCCCUUCCCCUCCCCGAUGGACGACCACCAAACACAGGAUCUCGUCAAGGAGCUCGUCCUCCGCCUCCUCUCCGCCGAAUCUGGUGGCGGGGGACGCGAUGCGGGCGGCGCGCUGCGGUUCGCGCACCGGCUGCUCUCUAGCCGCCUCGCCCCCGCCGUCCUCCCCGACGAGCACGCGCUCGCGGAGUCCAUCAAGCGCCGCCUCGCGUCCUCCGGCCGCCCCGACGAUGCCCUCGCCUUCGCCGAUCUGCACUCCAAGCUCUCCGUCCGAUCCCGCCCCGCCUCCCUCUGGCCGCUCCUCUACCUGCUCGACUCGCUCUCCUCUCACCGCCGCUCCGCCGCCGCCGCCUCCUGCCUCCCCAACCUCCCCAUGGCCGGGACGCCGCGUGCCCCGGCAGCAACCGGAGGGAAGCCAGCCUCGCGGGUGCCCGGUGCGCCGCCAGGUGGCGUGGUGCUGGUCUCUAAGGAUCCGGAUAACAUCCGCGAAAUGGCGCUGCGGGAGUACACUGAACUGGUACUUGACGAGACGGAGGUGUCAGAGGCUGCGCUCGUGCGUGACGUUCUAUAUGCCUGCCAGGGUAUUGACGGCCGGUAUGUUCGGUAUGACAAGGGCAGGGACACCUAUGACCUCCCUGAUGCCAUCCGCGUGCCACGCUCCACUCGCACCCUUGUUCGCAAGCUGUGUGAGCUUGGGUGUCUGUUCCGCAAAGUGCGAGGAUUCAUUUCUGACAACAUAAGACGCUUGCCCUCUGAUGCUGCCACUGAGGUCGGCACAGUUGCUCAGGCCUUCUGCUCUGCUCUGCAGGAGGAGCUAUCUGAUUACUAUAAGCUACUUGCUGUUCUUGAGUCUUACUCAUUGAAUCCGAUUCCAACACCAGGUUCUGAUUCAGGUGUUUCUGGUAAUUACCUCUCACUGCGUCGUCUUGUUGUGUGGCUUGCUGAGCCUGCGGUGAGGAUGCGCUUAAUGGCUGUAUUGGUGGAUGGAUGCCGGGGUUUGAGAGGUGGUGGGAUGGCUGGUGCGAUCCAUGGGCAUGCACAGCAUGGGGAUCCCAUGUUUCAAGAUUUUAUGAGCCGAUUGCUGCGGCGGGUAUGCUCACCACUAUUUGAAAUGGUCCGCAGCUGGGUGCUUGAAGGGGAGUUGGAGGAUGUGUUUGGAGAGUUCUUCAUUGUUGGGCAGCCAGUGAAGGCUGAAUGUUUGUGGCGGGAGGGCUACCUUAUUCAGUCUGAUAUGCUGCCCACUUUCAUUUCUCCAGUAUUGGCCCAGAGGAUUCUUAGGACGGGGAAGUCAAUCAACUUUCUUAAAGUUUGCUGUGACGACAAUGGUUGGGCUGAUGCCGCCACUGAGGCUGCAGCCUAUGUUGGGACCACAACUAGCCGAGGUGGGCUUGGGUAUGGGCAGAUUGAUGCUUUGGAGGCAUUGGUGGUCGAAGCAGCCAAGAGAAUUGAUCAGCGGUUGAUGGAUGUUAUCCAUAAGCGGUAUCAAUUUAAAGACCAUUGUCUUGCUAUCAAGAGAUACUUGCUUCUUGGGCAGGGUGAUUUUGUUCAGUAUCUAAUGGAUGUUGUAGGGCCUGAGUUGUCUGAACCUGCCAAUCGGAUUAGCUCCUUUCACCUUGCUGGCUUGCUUGAGACUGCAAUACGAGCAUCUGAUGCACAGUAUGAUGAUCGCGACAUCUUGGACCGGAUAAAGGUAAAGAUGAUGGAUCAUGGAGACGGUGAUCGUGGCUGGGACGUCUUCUCCUUGGAGUAUGAUGCUAGGGUCCCUCUGGAUACGGUGUUCACAGCUUCAGUCAUGAAGAUGUACCUCAAGAUAUUCAACUUUCUAUGGAAGCUUAAGCGUGUUGAUCAUUCCUUGACUGGAGUUUGGAAGACAAUGAAACCUAAUUGCAUCGUUUCUUCUCCAUUUUACAAGGAAGGAACAAGCAUCAGGGUGCAGUUUGUUUCAGUUCUUCGCAAAUGCCAAGUUCUCUUUAAUGAAAUGAACCAUUUUGUGACCAACUUCCAGUACUACAUUAUGUUUGAGGUUCUGGAGAUUUCCUGGGCUCGUUUCUCGGAAGAAAUGGAUGCAGCAAAAGAUUUGGACGAUCUUCUCACGGGACAUGAUAAAUACCUCACCUCAAUUGUGGAGAAGUCCCUCCUUGGUGAGCGAUCCCAGGGAAUUUUGAGAAAUCUUUUUGCACUGUUUGACAUCAUAUUACAGUUUCGCAGCCAUGCUGAUAGGUGGUUUGAACGGAUAUAUGACUUGCAACUAAGGGGAAAGGGUAAAUCAAAAACAAAAUCUAAGGAAGCGGGUUCAUGGUUGGAUGGAGGCAGAAAAGCCAUGAUUCAGCUUGCCGGAGAGCUUUUUCGGAAGAUGGGUGAAGAUUUGGAUAGCAUCGCGAAAGAUUAUACAGCUUCUCUUGAUGCAUUUAUCUCUCAGUUGCCCCUCCAGCAACAUGUUGAUUUGAAGUUUCUUCUGUUCCGUUUGGACUUCACAGAAUACUACAGUCGUGUUUCCUCCAACAAAUGAGUGUGUGUUUCCUAAUGUGGAUGACGUAGGAAUUAGAUUUACUUUUUGGUUGGGAUUUGCGAGGCAUUCUUUCGUACACCUUAGCCCCAGUGGUUGAUUGUUAAUUGAAAGGCAUGGACACUUUCAUUGGCCCUGGUCCUACUGUUGAAGAUGCUUAUCCACCUAUGCCAUGAAGUUGCAACCUGCAAGCAACUUUAGUGUAUAAAGUUGAUGUAAGUUUACUUUGAUUUGACUUCCAUUUUGGGUAUAUUGGUGUAAAUUUCAUGUAUCUGUUUUCGAUCUUUUUCUUCGUUUUGAGUUAGAUUGCAAGGAGAUUUAUCCUUACCACUUUGUAUUCUUUAGUUAGAAGACAAUGGGGAUCUAAUUUUGCUAGGUGUUUUUUUUGGCUGGUUAUCUAAAUUUUUAUCAUACAAUCUCAUGACAGGAUACCGGCUAUUUAUAAGGAAAGUAACUUUUGAUUACCAUAUGAUGUAUGUCAAGAUAUUCUGUUUUCUUUGAGAGAUAAUAGUCUUGAGCUCCGUCCUUUGUUUAUGAACUUAUCA